GUCGGCCUCCGCUGACGUCAGGACGCCUUGGUCCUCGGAGCCUCCCCGCUCCCGAGUCCCUCGCGGGCCGGGGCUGCGCGUGCGGCCGGCUGAGCUGCUCGGGCCGACGGCGCCAGUUUGAAUGAAAGCUCCGCAAGAUGGCGGCGGCCGGAGCCCGGGCGCGGAGAGGGGAGGCCGCCGCGCGCUGUCACCCGCCGCCGGCCCCGCUCCGCAGGCCCAAGCCCCGGAGGACGACGGCGUGGACGGGACGCCGCCGCGCGGACACCUCGGGCUCGGGACGCUCGCGGACGGCUGCGAGCCGGCGACGCGCGGGCCCCAGGGUCCCGCGGGCCCCGCUCCUCGCGGGUGUGUGUGCACGCGCGGCCUCUUUCAAGGCCUGGUGUGUGCCUUGCCUAGUUUCACUUGAUACUCUUCAGGAAUUAUGUAGAAAAGAAAAGCUCACAUGUAAAUCGAUUGGAAUCACCAAAAGGAAUCUAAACAAUUAUGAGGUGGAGUACUUGUGUGACUACAAGGUAGUAAAGGAUGAGGAAUAUUAUCUUGUAAAGUGGAAAGGAUGGCCAGAGUCUACAAAUACGUGGGAGCCCUUGAGAAACCUCAAGUGUCCACAACUACUGCAGCAGUUCUCUAGUGACAAAAAUAGUUACUUAUCUAGGGAAAAGAAAGGCAAUGCAAUUACUUCAAAAAACAGUAAGAAAUUCUUGAAACCUGCUGUUGCUGAGUACAUUGUAAAGAAAGCCAAGCAAAGAAUAGCUCUGCGAAGGUGGCAAGAUUACCUCAACAGAAGAAAGAACCACAAAGGGAUGAUAUUUGUUGAAAAUACUGUUGACUUGGAGGGCCCGCCUUCAGACUUCUACUACAUUAAUGAAUAUAGGCCAGCUCCAGGGAUCAGCUUAAACAGUGAAGCUACCUUUGGGUGUUCAUGUACAGACUGCUUCUUUGAAAAGUGUUGUCCUGCUGAAGCUGGAGUUGUUUUGGCUUAUAAUAAGAACCAACAAAUUAAAAUCCAACCUGGCACUCCCAUCUAUGAAUGCAAUUCAAGAUGCCGAUGUGGACCUGAUUGUCCCAAUAGGAUUGUACAAAAAGGCACACAAUAUUCACUGUGCAUCUUUAGAACUAGCAAUGGCUGUGGCUGGGGUGUAAAAACCCUUGUGAAGAUUAAAAGAAUGAGUUUUGUCAUGGAAUAUGUUGGAGAGGUAAUCACAAGUGAAGAGGCUGAAAGACGGGGACAGCUAUAUGAUAAUAAAGGAAUCACAUAUCUUUUUGAUCUGGAUUAUGAAUCUGAUGAAUUCACAGUGGAUGCAGCUCGAUAUGGAAAUGUGUCUCAUUUUGUGAAUCACAGUUGUGACCCAAAUCUUCAGGUAUUUAGUGUUUUCAUCGAUAACCUUGAUACUCGGCUCCCCAGAAUAGCAUUAUUUUCCACAAGAACCAUAAAUGCUGGAGAAGAGCUGACUUUUGACUAUCAAAUGAAAGGUUCUGGAGAAUUAUCUUCAGAUUCUAUUGACCACAGCCCUGCCAAGAAAAGGGUCCGAACUGAAUGUAAAUGCGGAGCUGAGAUGUGCAGAGGUUACCUCAACUGAAAUUUCAGGAAAUGGAGCUCAUGAUAUUUAUGUUUUGUUUUGUUUUUCUUCUAACAACUGAAAAAGUACUUGGGACUCCUUUCUAUUAUCAAGAUUAUAUGUAUGUUAAUGUACAACUCAUGUUUCAAGCUAUUUGCCAAGUACACUACUGUUGCUUCUAAAGACUUCAGGGCCACAUAGACAGUAUAUAUUUGGUGGUUACCUGGAAAGCGAGCUAUUCACAAGUUACCUUGUGCUUAAGAAGUCGGAACAGACGAGUGUCCCCUUCAGUGUUUGAAAAGUGAUGAAGCAAUGAUUGUUAACAUAAAACCUUUUACCUUGACCCAAACAGAUAAUUCAAUUUAGACAAAUGUACAAUUUUUUUUUACUAUAUUGUUCCCAUUUAAUACUUACUGAUCUUGUAUAUGAGACAAAUAAGUGACACUGAAUUUUUUAUUAUAUUUUCUACUUUUACACUAAAACAUUGGCAUCUUAAUAAUGUAUUUCAGAUGUAAAUGUGAAAGAUUUACUUUUAGCUUCAUCUCAUUCUGAAACAGUAUCUACCAUUACAAAGACUGUCUGAACCUGAAAUUCUUAGAGAUUUUUUUAAUCCUGUAGAAGAGUCUCUAAUCAGCUCCUCUGGAGUCCAUAGUGGCUGGCCAUUGUCCUUCUUUGAAGAGACAGCAGUGUGACUCAGAGGACGCGCUGGAGUGCCAGGCAGAGUGAACAGUACAAAGUGAGGUCCACAUUGAGUAUCUCAUCUAAACAGGAGAUGGAGAUGCCAGGGAGCACGUGUCCCCAGGGACAGUGUAAUUCACACCACAUCACCGUCACUUCAGGCAGUUUUAGUAUUUCCUUUCCACUAAAUUUAAUUUUGUAUUUUUCGCAUGUCCUUGAAAGUAACCUAUAUUUGAGCAGAUACUUGUUUUAUACAAGGAUAUUUUAGAUAGGAUAAAGCUAAGCUUGGCCAAAGUUAUGUCCGUUUGAACUUUUAUUAACCUAUGGAGAUUAGAUAGGAUUUUUUUCCCCCUGUGUAGUAAAACCAAUAAGGAAAAAAACUUUCAUCUUUUCUGGGUCUGGGAGUUCUAAUCAUGGUAUCCAGUGUGAAGACAAAAACAAAAUGCAGCAAAUAAUCCGAGGUUUCAGUGUUCUCAUUAAGAUUUACCUGAGCUCACUGCUCUAGGCUUUAAUAGACUGUUUAAUAGACCGUAAUAUGCAUAAGUAAAAUGAACUGAAUUCAGGAACUCAGCCCUUCCUUUAUCUUCCUAAUCUUAACUUGUUUUUGGAGAAGCUGCAAUGUUAUUCAGAAUAUUGCCCUCACAUGGCUACUUGUUCACAAUACAUAACAUAAACUGUUUGCAUGUUUGGA